ACGAAGGACUAGAGAGAAGAACCUUCACAAGACUCUUGGCACGAUCGCCCACCGAACAAAAUCACCACACCACAGCGAUCUUCCAGAAUGGCCACCCCGCAAGCCCCGAUGACCGCGCUGAACCCGUUCGACCCAUCCCGGGAGAAGUGGAGGUCAUACAUGGUCCGAUUCCGGCAGUUCCUGCGAGGCAAUGGAUACCAGAACCUCGAUGAGGAGAGAAAAAGAGCCCUCUUCCUGGCCCAUUGCGGAUCGGACGUUCUGGAGAUGGCGAUUGACCUCGUGGCACCCAGGGACAUCGAGGAGAUGUCCUGGAACGACCUGCAGGAAGUCCUACAGGAGCACUAUGCACCUACAGGCACCCCCAUCGCAAACAGGUUCACCUUCCAGCAAAGAAACCAGCGGGAAGGUGAAUCCAUCAAGGAAUUCGUGGCAGCGCUUCGCCAAAUCGCUGCCAACUGCGAGUUCGACAAUGUGGACAAUGCCAUCCGGGACCGCAUUGUGUUUGGAAUGCGAGAUGUGGGGCUGCAGAAGAAGUUCCUCAGCCGGAAGAAGAUUCCGCUCAAAGAUGUCCUCGACGAGGCAACGGCGGCCGAAACGUCUGAGCAAGCAGCCGCCGCGAUGGUAAAAGCAAGGGGGAUCCAUAAGAUCCACAAGUCGGGCCCGACCUCAUCAGACGAGGCAACUACUCAAUCCGAGUCUGAUGAGGAAAUGGCCGUCCACAAGGUAUCCCGCCCUCCCAGGCGGGAAAACCCACAGCAUGGCGACCGGGGAGAGCGAUGCGGCAGCUGCAGAGGCGACCACCCCAGGGCAAACUGCAGAUGGAGGGACGCGACCUGCCGCCGAUGCCUGAAGAGGGGCCACAUCGCAGAGGCCUGCAGAGCCACAGAUCCCGCCCCGGAACCACCCAGACCACGAUUCAGGGAAAAUCGCAAAGAUAACCAGAGGACAUCCAAACGGUCCUCAAACCAGUCCCGGCGCGGGGAGGAGGAAUAUCCCCGCAACAGGACGGUGCACCAGACCACCACCAUUGCUCACACAAGCGACGAGGGAACCACCAAGUUCCACGUGACGCUGCUAGCAGAGGGGUCUCCGUGCAAGAUGGAGGUAGACUCCGGAUCCGCCUACUCCAUCAUGGACUGGCAGCACCUACAGCAGCUGAACCCGGCAUACAAAAGGACCCAGCUGAAAACCCCGAAGGCGAGACUUGUGGACUUCAACGGGAACCCCAUUGAAAUCCUAGGCAGAGCCACAAUCCGGGUGAAGUACAACGACUUCAACGGAAAGCUACCCAUCACCAUUGUGCAGCACAGCCGACCGAACCUGUUGGGUGUGGAGUGGUUCAAGCCGCUGGGACUUUCACUUCAGGGCAUCCACGAGAUCCGCAGGGACGAACUCGACUCCAUCAUCGAAGAGUUCAAAGAAGUCUUCGAUGGUAAGCUGGGGAAAUUUGUGGGGAGGCCAAUCUCCUUUAAUCUGGACAAGGGAAUCACCCCAAUCAGGCUCAAGCCCCGCCGAGUUCCAUUUGCCCUGCGGCCUAAAGUAGAUGAGCAGCUGGAUAAGCUGAUCGCCCAGGGCGUCCUGGAACCGAUCGAUCAUGCCUCAUGGGAGACCCCCAUUGUGACCCCACUGAAGCAUGAUGGGUCUGUGCGCAUCUGUGCUGACUACCGUUGUACCAUCAACAAGGCGUUGGCACAGAGCGCAUACCCAGUCCCAGUGGUGCAACAUCUGCUGCAUUCCCUGGGAUCUGGAUCAAUUUUCGCGAAACUGGACCUGGCCCAGGCUUACCAGCAACUGCCAGUGGAUGACAAAACGGCGGAGGCUCAAACAAUUGUCACGCACAGAGGGGCAUUUAAAUGCAACCGCCUCCAAUUUGGAGUCAGCGCUGCCCCUGGCAUCUUCCAAUCCAUGAUGGAACGCCUUCUCCAAGGCGUUCCAGGGGUGGUGCCUUACUUCGAUGAUGUGCUCAUCUCCGGUGACUCAAGAACCCAACUCCUUGAAAGGCUCAGGCUUGUCCUGCAGCGGUUCAAGGCCAAGGGUUUGAGGGUCAGGCGGGACAAGUGCAUCAUAGGAGUACAGGAAGUCGAGUUCCUGGGCUUCCUCAUUGAUAGCACAGGCAUCCACCCCACCAAAUCAAAAGUGGAAGCAAUCCAUGAAGCUCCAAGCCCAAAAAACAAACGGAGCUUCAGGCUUUCCUUGGGUUGCUCAACUACGUCCAAAAGCGUACUCAUUCAGUACAGCGAGACGCUUCCCAUCAGACUGACCUGCGACGCGUCGCCUUACGGGGUGGGGGCAGUCCUCAGCCACGAACUGCCCAAUGGCUCGGAAGCCCCAAUCGCGUACUUCUCAAAGACUAUGUCCGGCGCAGAACGGAACUAUAGCCAGCUGGACAAAGAAGCCCUGGCCAUCGUGGCUGGAGUGAAGCGCUUCCACGAAUACCUCUACGGAAGAAGCUUCACCAUAGUCACAGACCACAAGCCUCUCCUGGGACUCCUCGCAGGCGACCAACCAACCCCGACCUUCAUGUCCCCGAGAAUGACGAGAUGGGCAAUCUUCCUAGCGGGCUACUCCUAUAGGCUCGUGCACCAGCCAGGCACAGCCAUAGGAAACGCCGACGCCCUCAGCAGAUGCCCGUCGAAGAAGCCGGUCGAAGACCCAGCCCCCACACUCCACCUACUGCACAUUGAUGACGACGCCAGCUGCCCGGUGUCAUCCGCAGAUGUGGCCGUCCACACCCAAAAGGACCCCACACUCCGCACAGUGAAAUCCUGGAUCCUCAGAGGGUGGCCGUCGGGAAAGCCAGAGGAAAGAUUCAGCCCGUUCGCCAGGAAACAGGAGGAGCUGUCCACCAUGAAGGGCUGUCUGCUAUGGGGAGACAGGGUGCUGAUUCCAAGCACUCUGCAACGGCGAACGUUGGAGACCUUGCACAAGGGGCACCCGGGCAUCGUCCGCAUGAAGGCACUGGCACGGAGUUAUGUCUGGUGGCCCUCCAUGGACAAAGACAUUGAACAAUGGGUCUCCAGAUGUGACCCGUGCCAAGAAGUUCGCCCAGCGCCGCCGCAAUCCGAGGUCGCGAAGUGGGAGACCCCCGGCAACCCCUGGUCGAGGGUCCACAUUGACUUCGCGGGUCCGAUGCAGGGGCGACACCUCCUCAUCGUGGUAGAUGCCUUCUCCAAAUGGCUCGAGGUGGUGCCCAUGGCAUCUACCACAACGGACGCGACGAUCCGAGCCCUGCGCCGUCUCUUCGCCACUCAUGGUCUACCGGAUGUGCUGGUCUCAGACAACGGCCCCCAGCUCACAUCCUUGGCCAUGGAAUCCUUCCUGGCGGGACUGGGCAUCCGCCACGCCCUGUCCGCCCCUUACAGGCCGGCCGGAAACGGACAAGCGGAACGCAUGGUCCGACUGACCAAAGAGGCCCUCACCAAGAUGGGCCCAGGGGACUGGCAAGAGCGCAUAGACAAUUUCCUCCUCACCCAGCACAUCACGCCACACGCCACCACCCACAAGAGCCCGGCCGAACUGUUGAUGGGCAGAAGGUUGAGGUCACCCUUGGACCGGCUGCACCCCCAAUACAGCCCGGAAGUGACCGCAACCGCCAGCCGCCCGCUUCGCGCCUUCAGCAACGGAGAUUCAAUUUUCGCGCUGAACUUCAGCGGCUCUCCUAAGUGGCUGAAGGGGAAGAUUGCCAGCACAACCGGCCCCAAAUCAUACAUCGUCGAGUUGGAAGAUGGACAGUUCGCGAGACGUCACAUCGACCAACUCCGAAAAAGGUGGGGGGGAGCGCAUGAAAACCAGCCUGACGAGGGAGGCCUACAACACCCCGAUGAGGUAGACCUCCAACACCCCAGCGAGGUAGGCCUACCACACCCAGACCCGGUAGGCCUACAACAACCCGGCGAGGCAGGCCUACGACACCCCGACGAGGUAGGCCUACCACACCCCUGCGAGGCAGAGCAGCACCACCCCGUCAAGGUCGGCCCAGCCCACUACCAGAUGCUGUCACGCCGGCAGCCCAGCGAGGUAGACCGGGGCCAACCGCACGGAGGGUGGCAACAACAACCCAGCCGGGUGGGCACCGGGCACAGCAAGGCCAGGGACCACCAACCCAGCCCGCAGGUAGACCGGGACCUGCCCAGAGGAGGAGCAACGCACCCCACCACUGACAGCAGCCCAUGCCAGCCCAGCCAGGGAGACUGCAGUUCAAGGCGAGUAGACCGGGACCCAGCCAAGACGGGCAACCCACGACCCACGGGCGAGGGUGGCACACUACUCACCGACGUGGGGGACCCCCGCCCAUCACAAGAGACAGCCAAGGAACGACACCCCGGGAAGGACAAGUGGAAAUCCUACAUGGUCAAAUUUCGGCAAUACCUGAGAGGCAACAACAUCAGAGGUGCCGAUGAGGUACCCGCAGAGGUAGCCCCACAACGACAUCCCGACCAGGUCGACCACCACCGACCCGACGGGGUAGGCCAACAUCAGCCCAACCAAGGAGACCUGCGCCACCCCUGCGAGGUCGGACAUCACGACCUGAGCCAACACCAUCCACCGCUGGCAGACCGGACCCGAGGGCACUGA